AUGGGGCAGAGUUUCUGGGAGAAGCUCCAUCUGGCCCUUGUCCUCCUGCAUGUGGGGUCUGCUGUGACCAGAGAUGACCCCUACAGAUGCUAUGGGGCUCCAGGCCUGCCAGGACUGCCGGGUCUGCCGGGCAAGGAUGGUCGGGAUGGGCUGAAGGGAGCCAAAGGUGAACCAGGCAUCCCAGCCCCUCCUGCAACACGAGGGCUCAAGGGCAUGAAAGGGGAACCAGGUAGCCCUGGCUUGCCAGGCAAAAAUGGCCCCGUCGGUCCCCCUGGCCCCCCUGGAGACCCUGGGCCCAUGGGCAUAGCUGGCGUGCCAGGUAUGCCAGGCAGCUACAAGCAGAAGCACCAGUCAGCAUUUUCGGUGACCAGGCAGACCAGGGAGCACCCCUCAAAGAAUGUCCCCGUGGUGUUCAACCACGUCAUCGUCAGCACCAACCAGGACUACAACACCACCACGGGCAAGUUCACCUGCAGGCUCCCUGGCCUCUACUACUUUGUCUUCCACAGCUCGCAGACAGCCAACCUCUGUGUCAUCCUGUACGUGGACGAGGUCAGGAUGGCCAGCUUCUGUGACCACAACACCAACACCAUGCAGGUCAGCUCGGGGGGCAUCCUGCUCCACGUGGCUGCUGGAAGCCAGGUCUGGCUAGAGGUGAAUGACUACAAUGGCAUGGUGGGCAUAGGCAACUCUGACAGCAUCUUCUCAGGGUUCCUGCUCUUCCCAGACUAG